GUUUGAUAAUAGAAACAAACUCAAAAAUCUUAAAGAAAAAGAAAUGAAAUAUCAUAGUGCGUAUAUAUUUGUUGACUAAAAAGGAAGGCGUGAUUUAGAAAUUCGUAAUGUUUAUCUUCUAGUCGAAUUCUUUAGAUGUUGCCGCCUUAUUCAACUCUGAAUGUUUUGUACCGCCAAGAAAGUAAAAAAGUUUAUUCAUGUUUAAGACUUUGAAAGCGUGUGCGUAAAAACAGUUAUUUAAGUCUGUUUUUUGUAGUAAACGAUCUGAAUUUUGAAAAAAGUUUUUAGAUAUAGAGUAAAAAUUGUAUAUAUUGGUUACAAAUAAACUUAUAGAAUGGAUAAUAAUGCAGAAAUAAAUGAGAGUAGUGAAGGAAAUUUAAACAUAGUCGAUGGAUUUAUAAAAGAAACAAGACAAGCGGCUAUGAAUCAUAUAAAAAAUGAGACGGGGGUCAUUCAAACUGCUGUGAAAUGCAAGGGUAAAACAGGAAUUCGUAAAAUAAAUUCUACUCGAGAAGAAGAUAGUAUAGAAGAAUUUUUGAUAGUAACUUAUGCCACACUCGAGGAGUUAGAGUCGGAUGGCCCUAUUCGUCCUGGAUUGCAAGUUCCUAAAGGAAAAAUUUCGACUGGAGGUACCAAAAGACCAUAUGGACCACGAAAAAGCAAACAUAAAACUGAUAAAAAAAAUAAAGAAGAUAAAAAUGAGAUUAAGAAGACAGUUAAAAAGAAAUUCACAGAGAGCCACCCAGUUGACGAUUACAAGGAUGUUUCAGAUGACCAACAAAACAUGGACUUACAAUCAAUGGGCCAGCACAAGGGUGAAUCUUCAAUGUUAUCAAAUGAUUACUUAAAUUCCAUUCAAGCAUUACCAGAAAAAAAUGUAGAUACAAGCAGUUCAACAGUUGUCUCUAACUCGAGAACCACACAGUUGAUUUCUAGUGACAUUUUCAAAAAAGCAGAACUUUUAAGUACAUCAUCUACCUUUCAUCCAAUUCAUUGUAGAGAAGAGAAAACAGAAGAUACACGACAAUCAUUAACAGAAACUACUUCAAGUAAACAUUUAAUUGUAAAAGAUUCAGAAAUAUCUACAAAUAAAGAUGGAAAACAUCAUCAUGUUGAAACUAGACAUGAAUCAAUUACAAUUGAGAGUUCUUCUAAAGAAAGGGAAUCAAGACAUGUACAUCAACACCAACAUCAACACCAACACCAACAUCAACAUUUUCAUCCUCCAUCAUAUGCGCAACCAAUGCCACCUCAUAUGUAUUAUCCUCCUUACAUCAUACCUCAUCAUAUGCAGCCUCAGUCAUCAACAGUUUUGGUCAAGCCUCAAAGUAUUAUACAAAAAAGAUGUUGGAGCUCGAUGCAUGCAUAUAUUGCUCGUUUUAUACAGUACAGUCAACAAAAGAGUGAGAAAGUUGGCUUUCAAAAGCCUCAAGAACUUAAUCGUUCUACGAGACCUGGUUUCCAUGCUUUUCAAGCAGUUGGACCUUCGAUGCAUGGCAGUCCAUCUAUUUCACACGGAAAUCCAUCCAUCUCUUAUGGAAACGGGGGACAUUUCAAACAAUUUUUACCAGACUCUUCAUAUUGUAACAGCGCUUCUCCACAUUUAACUGGUACAAAGCAGCACAUGAAACAAGUGGACUACUACACUAAAAUGUUACAACGUGAUAACCGUUCAUUAUCUCCGAUAACAAAUGACAAUCACUUUUUUGCAAACAAAAUGUCUCAUAAUCCUCUUAAUAAUCAAGCAACGCAUUCCGAAAUUGAUACAAAUUUUGAUCCUAUUACCUCACCUUAUAGAGACCCAAUCUUCAAGGGGAUUUCUGGCUCCUUAAAUACAAAACCAUACAUGAGAGAUAUUGAAAGAUUUGAUAACAAAUAUCGUAUUGAUCGACAUUCAGCUUUAUUGAAAGAAACAGAUAGAUUUCGUUUAGAUUUUAGGAAUACUCCUCACGAUAAUACACGUAACCCCUCUAAUGCGUUAUUCUUAGAAAUGAUGAGAGAUAGUGGUUCGUUUUAUAGUCACGAUUUUCAAUCCCCAAGAGGCCAUUUAUCACCACCUAGAGGAUUACUUCGGACAGUUGAUCCUGUUUAUGAAAAAUCUUUUAUAGAUAUGGACCAAGAAUGUUUGCUACCUAGAAAAGAAAAAGAUAAUUUUCGUAUAUCACAUAAUUCUUAUUCUUCUAUACCUGUAACUUCAACAAGUACGACUUUGACAUCGUUGAGGUGAAAUCUACUAGUCUUAUUAAUCUUGUUGUAUAUUUUAUGAACUUAUAUCUACAAUAAAAUACUUUUUUACGCUGUGUGUACGCAAGUAAAAUGGUAAAAAUGUAACAUUUAGCAUAUUUAUAUCAACUUUAAGUUUAAAUGUAUAUAAUAUAUUAAACAGCCAUUUAGAUACUAUUUUUAUUUCUUGGGAAAAAUUUUUAUUUUUGUGUUACAUAGUUUUAUAUUUAGACAUUUCUUAUACUUUAUGUUUUUUGAAUGUAAAGCUCAUUGUAUAUAGACAUUCUUAUGGUUCCUUAAAUAUAACGAUUAUUUCAGAAAAA